CGCGGUGCCCGAUCCCUAAGUCCGGGACGCGGCGCGAGCUCUCUUGCAAAGCCUUUGCAAAGCCGGCGCAGCCCAAGCGGAGGAGGAAGAGGGAGGCGGCGGCGGGCUGCUGCCGCAGCGACGGCCUGCUGUCACCGCUUGGAAGGAAGCCGGCCCGGCUGCUGGGGACGAAGCGGCGCCUUGCAUUUUGGACCCCUCUGCUUUGCGGCCUUCCUUGCAAGGAGCAGCAACGCCCCCGUGCAACACCCAUUUCCCCUUGCUCCGCCGUGCAAAGCAUCCCCUUCCAGCAGCGUCUUUGGAAGACGUGCAAAAAAAAGGGGGGGAGGGAGCCCGGAUCUCCUGCUUCUUUUUCCCGGCUGCUUCUUUUGCAUGCCUCUCCGUUGCACGCUUUUCCCGGGGAGCCCCCUUUCCCCCCCACCCCGGCUUUGCACCUUCUUCCUCCAGGCCUGCAAGCUGAGCCUUCUUCCCCUCGCACGCCCACCCGCCUUGCCUUGACUCCCUGGGCUGCAGCUCCUGCUCCCGGGCGCCUCCCUCCUUUGCAGCUGGCAUCUGCAUCUGGGGGUCCCCCUUGUGCCCCCCCCUUUUUAGGCUCCCUUAUGUUCGGGUCUGCCUUGGCUCCAUCUGCCGGCGGGGGUCCCUUCUGGCCCUGAGCCUUUCCCAGCAGUAAAAGCUUCGUCACCUGCAUCCCCCAUCCCCUUUGCUCAGCAUCCCCAUCUAUGGCUUGAUGGUCCAGCAAAGGCCAGGUUGCUUCUAAGGUGGGUUCAGCAUCUUUCUCAGCCUUGGGCAUCUCUAAGGCAGCCCACACGCUUUCCCUGGCUUGGGCUUGGGUCCUGUUGGAGCUUCUUGGAAAGAGGCGGGGUGCCCGGUCCCUCCGCCCAGGCCUCCGAGAUGAGCUUCUUCGGCUUUGGACAGAGCGCUGAAUUGGAACUGGUCCUGAGCGAUGCUGAGAGCAGGCGCCGAGCGGAACAUAAGACAGAGGAAGGCAAGAAGGAGAAAUAUUUCCUUUUUUAUGACGGCGAGACCGUGUCCGGGAGGGUCGUCUUAACCCUCAAGCACCCCAACAAACGCCUGGAACACCAGGGCAUCAAGGUGGAAUUCAUUGGGCAAAUUGAAUUAUACUACGACCGAGGAAACCACCACGAAUUUGUGUCUCUGGUAAAAGAUUUGGCCCGUCCUGGUGAAUUCACCCAAUCACAAACUUUCGACUUUGAAUUCACUCAUGUGGAGAAACCGUACGAAUCCUACACUGGGCAAAAUGUGAAGCUGAGGUACUUCCUCCGGGCCACCGUGAGCCGCAGAUUGAAUGACGUGGUGAAAGAAAUGGACAUCGUGGUGCACACCCUUAGCACCUAUCCAGAGCUCAACUCCUCCAUUAAGAUGGAGGUGGGGAUUGAAGAUUGCCUCCACAUUGAGUUUGAGUACAAUAAAUCCAAGUACCAUUUAAAAGACGUGAUUGUAGGGAAGAUCUACUUCCUUCUCGUCCGGAUCAAGAUCAAACACAUGGAGAUUGACAUCAUCAAGAGGGAAACCACUGGCACGGGGCCCAACGUCUACCACGAAAACGAUACCAUUGCCAAAUAUGAGAUCAUGGAUGGAGCCCCUGUGAGAGGAGAGUCCAUCCCAAUUCGGCUCUUCCUGGCUGGUUAUGAACUGACUCCCACAAUGAGAGACAUCAAUAAGAAGUUCUCAGUGCGCUAUUACCUCAAUCUGGUGCUAAUUGAUGAGGAGGAGAGGCGUUAUUUUAAACAGCAGGAGGUGGUGUUGUGGCGCAAAGGUGACAUUGUGAGGAAAAGCAUGUCCCACCAGGCCGCCAUCGCCGCCCAGCGCUUCGAAGGCACCUCGUCCCAGACGGAGAGCAGGACCCCCAGCCAGGCUUCAGAGAACAACGGGCGGCAGUGAGGGCCCAGGAAGGAACCGUGAAACGGAGGGAGGAGCAUGGAGAGAACGGCCCUCCCGCCAGAAACUUGCAAACGCAAAAUUAUCUUGUCAGGUUGUCUGUCUGUCUUCGUAUGUGUGUGUGUGUGUGUUUCGUCUUUUAUCUUGAGGACUAGCAACUUAACAGGACUGGGGAAAGGGGUUGGCGCAACAAAACAAAAAAAAAGAAAGGGAAUACAGCCGUUUCUAUUUACGUUCAGUAUUUGUGGAUAAGCUAAAGGAGCCAGGACAGAUGGGAGUUUUGGACCCUGUGCUGGAAGAGGACUGUGGAAGAAUAUUUUGUAUUUUAAGAGCGUCCAAUUUGUCUCUCUGUUGGAAAAUGACUGCGGCCAGGGAAGCUUCUACCCCACAUUUAACAAUCACUUGUGAAUAUACCCUGAGCCAAAACGUUCACCAGACUUUGGAUGGCUGAGAUGCGCAGGCAAUCACAGGUUGUGCGUCUGUGCGUACAAAAGCAGCACCCGUUCGUAACGUCGUCACCCAAACGAAGCCGCUUUCUUAAUGCCCGGCCUUUGCACAUUGGGCACAUCAUGUCGUGCCCGACGUCAUCGCGGCCUGUACCGGGUGCCAAGAAGUUCCUUUGUAUUUCGGAAGAGGGUUAAAAACACACUUUGCUCCUAAGGAUUGUACCGCUGUAGGUUUUAUCCCUUGAAAAGGAGGACUUGCCUUUAGAGAGAACGACCGCUAUGUUUCUGCAUGAGUCUCUGUUCUGAAAGCACCUCCUGAAUGGGAAAAAUAAUUGAGCGUUGUGAUGGACAAACGACUACGUCUGAAAAGAAAGAGAGGGAAGCAUUCAGGGAGACAACGGGGAACAGUUUUUCUUGUCGUUGAUUCUGACACAGACUCGGCAAGCAUCCAUCUUAACGUUUUCAGGUUUGUGAGCAGCAUUGGGUGAAAACCGUUCUUCCUAGCAGCUUCCCCCGGGCUAAUUUUUGCCGAGGGAGAGAACAAACGCGGAAACCCAAAAGACUUUUGCUUAAACGGUGAUGACUUAAAAACACACCAUCCUGGCUUCUGUCAAAAUUAUCCUUUCAAGCCAGAGGAGGGGGGGGGAAACAAUGGCCCUUUUGUGACUUGAGGACUUCAAUUCCCAGAAUUCCUGAGCCAGCAUGGAAUUCUGGGAGGGGAAGUUCACAAGUCACAAAAAGGCCCAUCGUUCCCCCACCCCUGCUGUAAGCCCAACUUACUUCCUGUCUCCAGAUUCCCAAGAAUUCUGUUACUUCUUACUCUUGGGGUUCGUGAAGUCUGAGCUUGGGUGUGUUGAGAAAAAUGGAAGAAUCGCCUACCCUCAUCUCAGGAGUUUCUCUGUUGCAUCUCUGCCUGAUGCACUGUCCUGGAUUUACUUCCUGCUGGGAUCAUCCAGCUGUUCUUGUACAGAAAACCUUCCUUUGGAGGAACACAGCCAAAAGAGGCGAUCACCACCACGAAUAUCUUAGGUGAACAGUGAGCCAUCAGCCACCUAAGUUAGCCAUGUUGCCACACUGGUGAUCACUCUCCUUCUGCUUCCUACUUUGCUUUCUGAGCUCAUUCAAGGCUAGAAAGAUGAACGCUCCAUGGCUUCAUGGCAGAAGAGAUCUUCCACCUUUCCAUGCAGAGAAAGCACAUUUUCAACUCUACCUGAAGAUGUCAGCGUACGGAACGAGCCAAGUGCAUCUUAGUAUAGUGCAGGGGUUAGCAAUCUGCGGCUCCGGAGCCGCAUGUGGCUCUUUCAUUCCUCUGCUGCAGCUCCCUGUCGCCGGUCAGCUCCAGAAUU